AUGAUGGGCAUAAGCGUGACAGCUGUACAAGUAAAUAGAUAACAUAUUAUUUUUACUACUUUUUUAAACAGAAUUUACACUAUUAAUCUUGUUCUAUAUUAAUUACGAUUCGACAAAUGUAAUUAAAAUAAUCAAUUUUUACAUUUAUAACGAAAAAAAAUCAAUAUGCAUGAAUAAAAUAUGAAAAUAGCAAAUAUAUUAUCAACUUUUAUUUUUCAGACAGUCGUGAAUUUGGAUAGACCGGCAGAAGCUCUAAGAGCUGCUGUAUUUCAUGGAGCUAAUCAGUUUCACUUGUUCGUACUCAGUUUACCUGGCCAAGCUCAUCAUAUCUUUUUCACAUGGUUUUCAAAUGCACAUGAUUUUAUUAAUCUCGAAUAUAACGUUUUACUGCGUUCAGACAGAUAUAGCUCCACAUGGUACAAUAUGCCACUAGAAGUUCAGAAAAUGCUUUGCAUGAUGCAAAUAAGGUGUAAAAAACCAUGUACGUUAACAGCAGGUGGAUUAUACGAAAUGAAUUUGGAAAACUUUGGCAUAGUAUGUAUGUUACGAGCUUAUUACAGGACAGUCGUGAAUUUUGAUAGACCGACAGAAGCUCUGAGAGCCGGUGUAUUUCAUGUAGCUACUCAGUUUCAUUUGUUUGUACUCAGUUUACCUGGACAAGUUCUUCUAGAUCAUUGUAAUGAAUUAGUGAAAGAAAUAAAAUAAUUUAAUGCUAAUCAAUAUAAACAUAGAUCAUUCAGUAUUCCAAGAAACUGAAAAUCAUUUUUUCGAUAUAUUUGAUAUUUCUUAUUAUAAAAUACUUGAGAGAUAUUUGCAACUUUUGGUACAGGACCCACGUCAAAACAAGAAAUUCAAAAAUACUAUUCUAACUAUAGUCGUGAUUAUUGUGAGCAUUCUUAUGCCAAGUAAGACAGUUGCAAAUUUAGACAGAUUUGAAGAAGCAAUGCAAACCGCCUUAUUUUGCGAAGCUAAUCAAUUUCAUUUAUUUCUACUCAGCUUACCUUACAGGCCAGGUGCUUUUGGAUUAUUAUAUGAUUCUACGUGGUACAGAACACCCGUGCAAAUUCAAAAAUUGUUAUAUGUGAUGCAAAUAAGGUGCAAAAAAUUCUGCUCGUUAACGGCAGGUGGACUGUACGAAAUGAACGUAGAAAAUUUCGGGGUAAAAAAUUUUGAAAUAUUUCAUGUGCCUUACUAUAAGACGAUUGCGUGGUACAUGCAAAUAUUGGGACAAGAUCCACAUCACAAAGAUAGCACUAGAAAUAUCAUUGUAAUUAUAGUGGUAGCUAGUAUUGCAAGCAUCUUUUUUCCAACGACAAUAGAAAUAUAUACGUCGUUGCGUAACAAAGACAUUGAUGGAGUGCUCGAGUGUCUACCACAUUUCAUCGCAACUUCAAUCACCUGUGUUAAAGUAUUGAAUAUGCAUUUCAACAGGCAAAAUUUUAACAAAUUAUACCAAAUGGUGGCGAAACAAUGGGAGCAAUUGAGAUUAAACGGCGAAUUGCAGGUCUUAGAAGAGAUUGUCAUGCAAGGCAACAAAAUAGCACAAUUUUAUCAAAAUACUUUAGUCAUUUUUUUCUCAAUGUUCUUACUGAUCCCGCUAAUUUCUCCCAUUCUGGAUAUCAUCCACCCAUUAAAUGAAACUCGAACACGGCAACAACUACUCAGAGUUAAUUACAUAUUUUUUAACGACGAUGAUUAUUUUUUUUACGUGUAUUUACACUUAUCGUGGGGUGCAUUCAUGGUUCUAUUCGCUGUAGUUGGUGCAGACUGGAUAUACAUACUAAUAAUACAUCACAGCAGUGGGUUAUUUGCGGUGUGUGGACAUCAAGUUCAGAAAGCAACCAUAAAUCUAAAUUACUUUUCUGGUGAAUGUGUUUUGGAGAAUGACAUGUAUGAAAAAUUUCGAAACUGUAUACUUAUGCACAAGGAAGCUAUAAGACAGCUCUAAACUUUAAUAAACCGGAAGAAGCAAUGCGAAGUGCUGCAUUUUGUGGAGCUAAUCAAUUUCAUUUAUUUUUACUGAGCUUACCUGGCCAGGUGUUACUGGAUAAUUGUUUUAAUUUAACAGAUAAUAUAUACGGCUCUGUGUGGUAUAGCACACCAGUGAAGAUUCAAAAAUUACUAUACGUAAUGCAAAUAAGGUGCAGAAAGAUCUGUUCGUUGUCAGCAGGUGGACUCUAUGAAAUGAAUAUAGAAAAUUUCGGGAUAGAAACCAAAACUUCGGAAAUAUUUCAUGUGCCUUACUAUAAGAUGGUUAAGAGAUACAUGCAACUUUUGGGACAGGAUCCACAACACAAAAAUAGCACUAGAAAUAUCAUUGUAAUUAUAGUGGUAGCUAGUAUUGCAAGCAUAUUUCUUCCAGCGACAAUAGAGAUAUAUGCAUCGUUGAGUAACAAGGACAUUGAUGGAGUGUUUGAGUGUUUACCACAUUGUAUUGCGACUGCAGUCACCAUUGUUAAAAUAUUGAAUAUGCAUUUCAACAGGCGAAAUUUUAGUAAAUUAUAUCAAAUGGUGGCAAAACAAUGGAAGCAGUUGAAAUUAAACGGCGAACUGCACGUUCUCGAAGAAACCGUCAUACAAGGCAAUAAAAUAGCGCAAUUUUAUCAAAAUACUUUAGUAAGCUUUUUCAUAAUAUUUUUGCUGAUCCCGUUAAUUUCUCCCAUUCUGGAUAUCAUCCACCCAUUAAAUGAAACUCGAACACGGCAACAACUACUCAGAGUUAAUUACAUAUUUUUUAACGCUGAUGACUAUUACCUUUACGUGUAUUUGCAUUUAUUCUGGGGAGCAAUGGUUGUUGUAUUCACCGCAAUUGGCGCAGACUGGUUAUACAUAUUAAUAAUUCACCACAACAGCGGAUUAUUUGCCGUGUGUGGAUACCAAGUCCAAAAAGCCAUCGUGAAUCAAAAUUACUCUACUUAUGAAAUUGUUGUGGUGAAUAACAUGUAUAAGAAGUUCAAAACUUGCAUAGUUAUGCACAAGGAAGCUAUACGACAGCGAUAAAUUUAAAUAAACCAGGAGAAGCAAUGCGAAAUGCUUUAUUUUGUGGUGCAAGUCAAUUUCAUUUAUUCUUACUCAGUUUACCUGGCCAGGUGCUACUAAACAAUUGUUCCAGGUUAGCAGAUAAUAUAUGGAAUUAUUACUACAUGACAACGACAUGGAUGGCGUUAUCAAGUAUCUAUCAUAUUUCGCAGCUGCAGUUAGUAUUAUGAAGAUAAUAAAUAUGCAUUUCAACACGCAAAAUCAAAUUGUUCCGACUGGUGGCAACACAAUGGAAUCAGUUGAAAUUAAACGGCCAAUUGUUCUGGAAAAUAAUUGUACAAGGCAACAAAAUGGGACAAAUUUAUCAAUAAUCGAUUAUACUGAAAUAUUUCGUAUUCGUUACUACAAAAAUAUUGACAAAUAUAUGCAACUUCUGGGACAAGAUCCACGUCACAAAAGUAGCACUAGAAAUAUUAUCGUAAUUAUAGUGGUGACUAGCGUAGCAAGCAUCAUUUUCCCAACGUUAAUAGAAUUAUAUACAACGCUAUGUAACAAGGACGUGGAUGGGGUUAUCGAAUGUCUACCACAUUUCAUCGCAUCUACAAUAAGUACUAUUAAAAUAUUAAAUAUACAUUUCAACAGGCGAAAUUUUAGCAAAUUGUUUCACUUGGUGGCAACACAAUGGGAUCAGUUGAAAUUAGAUGGCCAAUUGGAUAUUUUGGAAAAAAUAGUAAUACAAGGCAACAAAAUAGGACAAUUUUAUCAUAACACUUUAGUAUCUUUUUUGAUACUUUUCUUGCUGGUUCCGCUAAUUCCCCCCGUCCUAGACGUCAUCCAUCCAUUAAAUGAAACUCGAACUCGACAACAAUUACUUAGAGUUAAUUACAUAUUUUUUAACGGUGAUGAUUAUUUCUUUUACGUAUAUUUACAAUUAUUUUGGGCGUCAAUUAUUGUUGUGUUGACCAUAAUCGGUGCCGAUUGGUUAUACAUGUUAAUAAUUCAUCACAACAGUGGACUAUUCGCGGUGUGUGGACAUCAAAUACAGAAAUUGACAUCGAAUUUAAAUUACUAUACUCAUGAAGCUGUUUCUCGAAAUUAUACAUAUGAAAAAUUGCGAAAUUGCAUGCUGAUACAUAAAGAAGCUAUAAGACGGUCCUAAACGUAGGUACGCCGGCAGAAGCAUUCCGAAAUGCUAUAUUUUCUGGAGCUAGUCAGUUUCAUUUAUUGCUACUCAGUUUACCUGGCCAAGUGCUAAUCGAUAAUUGUGCUAAUUUAGCAGGUUCUAUGUAUAUAGAUACAUCAAUCGUAGACUCAAACGAAAUUCAUUACUCAUGUCAAGAUAGAUUCAGCUCUACAUGGUACAUGACACCUGUGAAGAUUCAAAAAUUAUUAUACGUAAUGCAAAUAAGGUGCAGGAAACUCUGUCAAUUGUCAGCAGGUGGAUUGUACACAAUGAAUAUAGAAAAUUUCGGAGUAAUAUCAAGUUCACAAAGCAACUACGAAUCCAAAUUACUUUAUUGGCGAAGAAAUGUGUUGGAGAAUUACAUGUAUGCACAGUUUCAAAAUUGCGUGGUAAUGUAUAAUCAAGCUAUAUGGUACACAGUCGCUAAUUUAGACAGGCCGACAGAAGCGAUUAAAACUGGUAUAUUUCUUGGCGCUGAACAAUUUCAUUUGUUUGUAAUCAGUCUACCUGGACAGGUGCUUCUCGAUCAUUAUUCCGAUUCAGCAAAUAAUAUUUAUGUGUCUAGUGCAUUCGUAUAA